AGAUUCACAAAUUUUACACAACAGUUGCAUGGCCGCUUUCUCUGCUGAACGCAACUUAAUUCGAGCUUUUCGAUAGCAUUUUGUUGGUGCCUUGAGACUUCCAAUGGUUGAUACUGCUGCUAAAAACCUCGGUGUUUAUCUCAUCACUCGUCGUUUCAAAAGUCAAUUUGUUGUGUUCACCAAACGUAACCAAUAAAUUUUCUCACAUAAUGUCUGAAUCUAAAUUGUAUAAUGAUGAUCCGCGAACUCCUUGUCGAUACGGUGCAAAAUGUUAUCAGAAAAAUCCGCAGCAUCACAACAAGUACAAACACCCGCCAAAAAAGGAAACGGCAAAACAAAAUAAUGAAAUACUAGUUAUUAAUGCGAAAAGAAAUCUUGUAAAAGAUGAUCAAGAAAAAGCACAGUCCAAAAGUCCACCAAAGAAACUGCAGAAGACAUGCGAGAGUCCCAAGAAAAAUAUGCACAAUUUUUCCUCGAGUUCAGAAAGCGACGAAGUAAAAAGUAGUGAUGAAGAUGACAGUAAAAAUUUAAGUACAAAUGUGGAAACAUCAGAUAAAGAUGUAACAGUUGCACAAGCAGCUGAAUCUAAAGAGUAUCAUUGCUCUGCUGGGCUUAAUACGGAUAAAAAUCUAUCUGUAUCUGAUGUUGAUGUUCAAAAGAAUAUCAAGGAACUAUUUUUGGUCGAAAUGCCAAAAGAUUUUUAUCAAUUUUAUGAAUUCUGUAAAAGUAUAUCAAAAGGUAAUCCUCUCUUGGCAUGUAAAUCUGCUUCUUUAAAACUUGUGGGUCCAUAUGAUGUAUUAGAGGAUAAAAUGAAAAGCAUAGUAAGGAAGAAUGAUAAGGAAAAAUACUUGGCACACUGGAGAUAUUAUUAUGAUCCGCCAGAAUUUCAUACUACUGUAAUGUGUGACAACAAGAAUGGAUUACAUUUUGGUUAUUGGCAAGAUGAUGUUGCAGAGAAACCAGUAUUUGUAGCAAAGAACUGCAGUAAUGUUGACUGUGUAUUCGAAGCUGUUGCAGAAAACAUAUUUGGUGCUGUUGACACUUAUUUGCAAGGCAAAGUAAAAUCGGCCAAUCCAUUCGAGAAGACUGGCAUAAUGCGUUUGCAUUCUCAACUGAAGAACUUUGCCAAUCAGCAUGAUAUAACUUUAGAGAAAAAUACCGCAGACAUGCGUUCGAGAGAAAGAAAAGUCGUAGCUCGAACUUUCCACAAAGCAGGCAUUGUAGUACCGUAUGAUAAAAAGACUCAAUUGGGCUACAGAGAUUUAGCAGUGACGGAUAGCGAAUUGCAAAAAAUAUUGAGGAAAAUAGAGAAUGCUAGCACUCCGGACGAAAGGAAAGGGCCAAUGACGCAACUCGACGAGAUCGUGAGACAGGCGACGAUAGCUGCGGAUGAAUGUGACUUCGGUACUUGUUUAGAGCUGGGACACAAUCUCUUUUCCAGCGGGAACACUCACGUACAAGGCAAGGCCUUACAGAUGCUGUCGAUUGCUUACACCCAUUUACAAAGACCACAAUUGUUAGAAAUACUAAAGGCGCACUUGAAAGAUAGGAGGAAAGGUUGCGAAUUGAGCGUCAUUUAAAAAUCCAUUUUUUUUUUAAUUUGUUUAAAAUGAUUUUAAAGUGAUUAUAUAAAAUGAUUACAUUAUGUAAAAAGAGAAAGAGCUACAUUGAUUGUUACAUCCUUAGUCGAAAAACUGAUGUCCUACUAUAUAUUCUGCUACAUUUAGCUACAAUCCUUCGUUGGAAUUUAUUUCGUGCCUUGCUAUAUGUGGACAUCUCUCCCAUGACUACAUCAUGGAUAUAAAAAUUUCUGCAUAUCUUAUAUCGUAUAUGUAUUUCGUUGGUGUGUGUAUACAUGUAAAGCAAGAUGAAUAUUUUUAAAUAAAUAAUAUUUUUAAAAAGA